CCUUCUAUAUCACCCCAUCUCUCUUCGCUUUUUCCCUCUGCGUACUCCCUCUGAUUUCUCUCUCCACCGCACCGUCGAGCCCAAAGCUUGAAUCUUUUUCGAGAACGAAAAUGGCGAGGCUCUCCGUCCUGCUCGCCCUCUGCUGCCUGCUCCCGGCGAUCGCCGUCGCCGCCCGGCCCGCCAGGAACCCGCUCACCGUGACGGGGAAGGUCUACUGCGACACCUGCCGUGCCGGUUUCGAGACCCCCGCCUCCACCUACAUCGCCGGUGCCAAGGUAAAAGUGGAAUGCAAGGACAGGACCAGCAUGAAGCUCCUGUAUAGCCAGGAGGCGACCACCGACUCCACCGGAACCUACAAGCUGUUUGUCUCAGAGGACCACCAGGACCAGCUUUGCGAUGCCAUGCUCCUGAGCAGCCCGCAGCUCAAUUGCCAGAAGCCGGCCCAGGGACGUGACCGUGCCCGUGUCAUCCUCACCCGCUACAACGGGAUCGUUUCCGACACCCGAUAUGCCAACAACAUGGGAUUCGAGAUGGACCAGCCCUUGGCUGGCUGCACCCAGGUCCUUCAGCAAUACCAGGACUUUGAUGUCUAGAGCCUCAAUCUGGGAGCCUCUUAUUUGUUAAUUUAAUUACAUAAUAGCAUUACUUGGAGUGAUUGCAGUCGAAUAUUACUUGAUUGAUGCGUCAUCUUCGUCGUGUAGUAAUAUGAACUCUGUUUUCUGCUGAAUUGGACUUAAAAAGAUGCUGUGUUCUCUUCCAUCAAUUCAAGUUUGCAUUGAUAGCUUGGUUCCGAUUAGACUAGAAUGAUUUCUUUCUUCCA